AUGACUAGUAUGGCCACUAAAUGUGUCGUCGUCUACAACAAAACACCGCGCUCAUCUUGCAUGGAGUUCGAUGGCGACUUUAUCCCAUUGCUUAGUUCCUCUCAAGAGCCGCCGUCGCCAUCCGCGGAACCUCCUGAUUACGCGAGAUGCGUUAGGCGAGUACCUGGCACAUCUUCUUUAUUAUGUAGAUCCUAUACGGUGAAUCUUCGCGCUCUCAAUUUCAUCGGUAACCACCUCGAAGUUGGCGUCACUUACAAGGCGCAUGGAAAAGUGGCUCGCGGGGGUAAUGGUCUAGAGUUUCACUAUGUCGAUGCUGUCAUCUUGGACUCGCCAAUGGAGAAUGAGUUUGAGAUUGGCGAGCCGGUGAAAAUCAGUGGCACCGGGACAAUAUGCGAUGUCAAGUCUUACAGGUCAAGAUUUAUGGGUACUGCCGUCAUUACGGAAGUUACAGUGGAGCAUAAAGAAGAGACCGCUCCAUUGAACCCGUUCUUAGCCAGAUAUAUUAUCGAUGAAUCAGUUAUUGCGGGGAAAAUCUUCGGUGGUAAUUUGACGGGCGCAGAAAAUCAAAUUGAGGAUUAG